AUGGAGUCGCUGAACGACUACAAGAUGAUGGAUAACCGUUCUGUAGUUGAACAGGCGCAUGAGAUACAGAUCAUUGUGAGAGAGUUCAAGCUUCUCAAGUGUGAUUUACCCGACAAGUACGUGGCUGGGCGGAUUAUUGCAAAGUUACCUCCCGCGUGGAGGAACUUUGCCACGUCUUUAAAACACAAGAGACAAGAGAUAUUAGUUGAACAACUGAUAGCGUCCCUUGAUGUUGAAGAGAAAGCUCGGGCUAAAGACACCACUGAGAAGGCUGCUGAUUUUCCGUCUAACGGCAAUAUGGUACAGAGGAACUUUCGCGGCAACGGAAAGAACAAAGGGGAGAAGUCCACUGACAACAAGCCUGCACAGACUAUUACCUUCAAGAAGAAGAAGAAACAUGGAAGGGAUUCAACCGUCUUGAUGGGGAACAAGUCGCAUGCAGCUGUUCGUGGUGUUGGUACGGUCGAUCUGAAGUUUACUUCGGGGAAGAUCGUGCGGCUAAGGAAUGUGAUGCAUGUCCCCUCCAUGAACAAGAAUCUCGUUAGCGGUUCCCUUUGA